AAAAAAAUAAAAUCAAAAAAUCAAAAUGGAGGAUAAUAUUUCAGAAAAAAAAGAAAAAGAAGCCACUCUAAUGAAUUCGGAGGAACUAAUUUCUGAGGAUUCUCUUUUGAACGAGAAAAAACGGAUGAAUAGUAGUAAUUUUUCAGAAAGAUAUAUGAAUCAUGAAAAUAGUGAGAAAUCAGAAAAAAAAGAAAAAAGAGAAGAUUUUAUGAAUAAUAAGAUAACAUCAGAGUCAGAUUCAUUACAAAACAUAUCAUCCUUAAAAACAAACAAAAGAAAACGGUUGUCUCAAGAUCGUGUUGGUCAAUUAGAAGAUUUGAUUGCUAUGGAUGAUAAAGAUGCAUCAUCAUGGCUGAAAUUAAUUAAGGAACAUCAAGAUAAAAACAAGAUUGAAGAGGCUAGGAAUGUAUAUGAGCGGUUUCUCAAAGUUUUUCCUACAGCAGCACAACAAUGGAUUGAUUAUGCAGACAUGGAGUUAACAAACAAUGAAUUCAUUCGUGUAGAAACAAUUUUUUCACGGUGUUUAAGAUCAGUUUUAAGCGUUGAUCUCUGGAAGUUUUAUUUAGAUUAUAUUCGUCGGAUCAAUAAUGUUUCUACUGGUGGUGCUCAAGCCCGAUCAGUUAUAUCUCAAGCGUAUGAGUUUGUUUUAGCACACGUUGGAAUUGAUAAGGAUUGCGGUUCUAUUUGGUCAGAUUAUAUUAAUUUUGUAAAAACAGCAGAGAAAAACUCCAUGUGGGAAGAACAGCAAAAAAUAGAUCAUAUUCGUCGUAUUUAUCACAGAGCUAUAUGUAUUCCAAUUGCAAAUAUUGAGACUUUAUGGAGGGAGUAUGACGCGUUUGAAAAUAAUUUCAAUAGAUCUACAGCCAGAAAGUUUCUUUCAGAAAAAAGUUCAAGCUAUAUGAUGGCUCGAACCGCUUGGAAAGACAUGGCUUCCAUAACAGCUGGAUUCCGUGCUACUAAUAUUCCGAAAGUUCCUGUGUGGACUGAAAAAGAUGUUGAAGAAGUUGAACAAUGGAAAAGAUGGAUUGAAUGGGAAAUGUCAGAUCCUUUGGAUCUCAAAUUAAAGCCUGCAAUUGUUACACGAGUGAAAUAUGCAUAUAAACAAGCUAUGAUAAAUUUAAGAUUUUUUCCUGAGAUUUGGUUUUCUGCUGUUGAAUAUUGGUUAUCUUUAAACGAAGAAAAAGAAGCCGUUGAAAUAAUGAAAAAUGGGAUAAUUGCAAAUCCUACUAGUUAUUUACUUCAUUUUCAAUAUGCAGAUUUCCUAGAGCAAAAUAAGAGGUUUUCUGAAAUGAGAACAAUUUAUGAAACACUUAUUGAAAACCUCUCAAAAGAAUUUAAAAAGAUUUCAUGUUAUAUGGAAAAUAAAAUAUCUGAAGUCUCUAAAUAUUUAGAAUACGUAACUCCUCAGGAUCCUGUCGAAGAAGGCGAAAUACAGAAAUUAACACCAAAAAAAGAAAUACAAAAUAUUCAGAAACAAGGGGAAGAAGAACUAAAUAAAUUAACGAAAAAUAUUUCUAUUGUAUGGAGUGUUUUCAUGAGAGCUGUUAGACGUACAGAAGGUAUAAAAGCGGCAAGACAAGUUUUUGGAAAAGCUAGAAAAGUGCCUAAUCAAGCAUAUCACAUUUAUGUAGCUUCUGCAUUAAUGGAAUAUCAUUGUAGUAAGGAUUCUACAAUAGCUAGUAAGAUUUUUGAUUUAGGACUAAAAAGUUUUGGAAAUGAUCCUGAUUUUGUUCUUCAUUAUUUAACAUUUUUGAUAAAUAUUAAUGAUGAUACAAAUGCAAGAGCUUUAUAUGAAAAAACAAUAACACAUCUUGAUCCUCAAAUAGUUAAACAAUUACAUGAAAAAUUAUAUACGUAUGAAUCUAUGUUUGGUGAUCUUUCAACAACUAUAAAAUUACAGUCAAGAAUAGCAGAACUUUAUCCUGAUGAUUCUUCUAUAUUGCGGUUUUCUAGACGAUUUAAAUUUUAUAAUUUAAAUGCAAUUUUAGAAAAAGAUUUAGGGGUGGUAUUCAAAUCUUCAAUUAUCUCUGAACCUACAGAAAUACAUAAUAAUGAUGUUUUCCAAUUGAAUCUUGAUAUUAGAAAAAAGAAUUUAACUACUUCUUUAUUAACUACAAAUGACAAACUUUUGAGCCUUCCUGAGUCUAUUUUAUAUUUUUUAAGUAUUCUCCCACCUGCUUCUUCAUAUACUGGGGCCACUUUUAAAAUUGAUGAACUCAUAAAGUUGAUUUCUGAGACAGAAGUUCCUACAUCCAUAAAAAGAAAAUUAACUGCAUCAAAUUAAUACAAAUUCAGAUGAUUUCAGGCGCAGACAUUGAAAUUUGAUUCUAUUUGUAAAUUAUACAUUACAUAAUAAAAUUUCAA